AAUCAAAGCUGCAGCACGUCACCUCUUGUAACUUUUCCGAUUUAUGGCCGCGUUUACACAUCCAAACAUCCUAUCAAGUAGUAUUAAAAUAUACAAACAUUGCUUUUUCACCAAACAAUCCUCGUAAAUGAAUACUAUACAUCGAAUGUUCCAAGUAAUUCACACGCAGACUUGUGCUAAUUGAUUAUCUAAAAUUUAAACAAAUUAACCGCAGAAUCAUCCUAGAAAUUUGGUGCUAGUAAAUUGCAACACAAGUUUCUUAUACUCUUUUCGAGGUUGAUAAAGUCAUAAUCUUAGGUGUUAUAAAUUAAGGGUAUCAUUAUUUCCAAAGGCUGAAAUAUAUAGAUCAUUGAGCUAUGGGCGUGGAGAGUGAAUCAAGCGAAGCAAUUCUGGAGAAUGUAUGGGCAAAAUUCAUGGCGAAGACAGGUGAAGACGACGACGUAUCGAAGUCGUGGGAAGGGUUGCCUAGUCUCGAGAGAGAUGGAUCCAUGGAGAUUUUGGAGAGGCUUCCGAGUUUAGGCAGAUGGAUAUCGAUGGGAGCCGAGGCGUGGGAACAAUUUCUGGAAGGUUCCAACAGCACCGCCCUAACUGCAAACGAUUGUGCCGCGAAAGCGGAGACGGCGGCGGGCAGAAAGCAUUACAGAGGCGUGAGGCGGCGGCCGUGGGGAAAGUACGCGGCGGAGAUAAGGGAUUCGAGUAGAAAAGGAGCGAGGGUUUGGCUGGGGACGUUUGAAACGGCGGAGGAAGCAGCGUUGGCAUAUGAUAAGGCGGCGUUGCGAAUCAGAGGUCCGAAAACGCAUCUGAAUUUCCCUCUCGAGACUGCGAAUGAUGGAGCUGAUCGCUGGAAAAGGGCAGCAGAUGAUGGAGAAGAACCUUUGCAGAAGAGAUCAAGAAGGCUUGAUGUUGAUCAUGAUGUGUUAGAAUUUGAGGAUCUUGGGACCGAGUAUUUGGAGAGUUUGUUAUACUCUCUUUAAGAAUAUAUAUAUACACUAUCCUUCGUACACUUGCAAGUUAAUUACAACAUGGAAUCAGUAAUGUACGUGUUUUUGGUAGCUUGAAUUCAUUCGUGUAUAUACUAUAUAUAGUAACUUCCAUAACUAAUUAUUUUGGAUUUGUCCAGCAAAA